CAAGUUUGCUGGGCGAUGCCCUUCCCGGAGCCCGACUCGUGGGCCGGGCGGGAGGGGCGCAUGAUUGACAAGCUGAACUACAGACUCAUCUCUUACCUUAGGCCGCGGGCGCUGAUUGGCUGCUCGCUGACAUCCUCAAACCCGGCUGCUCCGCGCUGGGCUCGGGAGGGGGGCGGCUGCGGGUGGAGGUGCGCUUCUGACAAGCCCGAAAGUCAUUUCCAAUCUCAAGUGGACUUUGUUCCAACUAUUGGGGGCGUCGCUCCCCCUCUUCAUGGUCGCGGGCAAACUUCCUCCUCGGCGCCGCUUCUAAUGGAGCCCCACCUGCUCGGGCUGCUCCUCGGCCUCCUGCUCUGUGGCACCAGGGUCCUCGCCGGCUACCCAAUUUGGUGGUCCCUGGCCCUGGGCCAGCAGUACACCUCGCUGGGCUCGCAGCCCCUGCUCUGUGGCUCCAUCCCAGGCCUGGUCCCCAAGCAGCUGCGCUUCUGCCGCAAUUACAUCGAGAUCAUGCCCAGCGUGGCCGAGGGCGUGAAGCUGGGCAUCCAGGAGUGCCAGCACCAGUUCCGGGGCCGCCGCUGGAACUGCACCACCAUAGACGACAGCCUGGCCAUCUUCGGGCCCGUCCUAGACAAAGCCACCCGCGAGUCGGCCUUCGUGCACGCCAUCGCCUCUGCCGGCGUGGCCUUCGCCGUCACGCGCUCCUGUGCCGAGGGCACCUCCACCAUCUGCGGCUGCGACUCGCAUCACAAGGGGCCGCCAGGCGAGGGCUGGAAGUGGGGCGGCUGCAGCGAGGACGCCGACUUCGGGGUGCUCGUGUCCCGGGAGUUCGCGGACGCGCGCGAGAACAGGCCGGACGCGCGCUCGGCCAUGAACAAGCACAACAACGAGGCGGGCCGCACGACCAUCCUGGACCACAUGCACCUCAAGUGCAAGUGCCACGGGCUGUCAGGCAGCUGCGAGGUCAAGACCUGCUGGUGGGCCCAGCCCGACUUCCGCGCCAUCGGCGACUUCCUCAAGGACAAGUACGACAGCGCCUCCGAGAUGGUGGUGGAGAAGCACCGCGAAUCCCGCGGCUGGGUGGAGACCCUCCGCGCCAAGUACGCGCUCUUCAAGCCGCCCACCGAGAGGGACCUGGUCUACUACGAGAACUCCCCCAACUUCUGCGAGCCCAACCCCGAGACGGGCUCCUUUGGCACCAGGGACCGGACUUGCAAUGUCACCUCCCAUGGCAUCGAUGGCUGCGACCUGCUCUGCUGUGGCCGCGGCCACAACACGAGGACGGAGAAGCGGAAGGAGAAAUGUCACUGCAUCUUCCACUGGUGCUGCUACGUGAGCUGUCAGGAGUGCAUCCGCAUCUACGAUGUACACACCUGCAAGUAGGGAGCCAGCAGCCUGCUUCUAUUCCUGAGUCACCCAAGGCACACAAGUUUCCAGGGACGAAUUAGGAAGCCGGGAUUUCCCAAGCUUCGGUGGCAAUGAUCCUUGGACCGCUUUCCUGCGCGGAUUGCCCAAAGCACAGAUAACAGCGAGAGUGUGCACACAAGGCGGCAAGCAAUUGAUUAACAUUUGUGUACAAGUUAGUCACUUAUGAGCCAGGUCAGACUUUUGCGUGGCCACUGGCUGUCAUUGCUGAGCAUCUGUGGCGCCAGAGGAGGGACACUGGGGUUGGAAGCCAGGACACCUGACUUCUGGUCCCAGUGUUACCCUGUUCCAGGAACUCCCUAAUUUCCUGUUCUUCCGCUUUCGUGGGUCUCCGUUUCCUUACCGUAAAACAAGGGGGUUAAAAUACUUGACAUAGCAGGCCAAAGAUCCUCUUUUACCCCCGGGGCAGAGCCAUUUUUGCAUCCACCUUGAACGGAGAGGGCAAGUUUUUGCACAAGCAUAAAUCCUACCGACCUGGAGGAGGUGGGUGGGGGGAAGCGGU